UGAUAAAACAAAAAUUCAAUGAUUCACUUAGGGCUCAAGUAUAAGUCUAAAAUAUUUUUUUAAGCUACCCUAGGUCUCUCAAAAAUUGUAUGAAAAUAUUAACAAGACGGCCAGGAGUCAGCUCUCCACUAGAAAAAUAAGAAAAGCAGAGGAUGAGGCAGUAGUAGUUUCGAGGAGCGCAGGAGAUUGGGUCAGCAUGCGGGAGAUAGUCACCCUGCAGAUCGGCGGAGCGGGCAAUGCCAUUGGCGAUUCGUUCUGGCACGUCAUCUCGCACGAACAUGGCGUGGAUUAUGCCUCGGGAAGAUUCGGGGGCACCAGCCCUUUGCAACUGGAGCGGAUUAAUGUAUUCUUCAAUGCGACGGCCAGCAAAAGGUUCUAUGCCCGCUCCAUACUCAUCGAUACGGAGGCGAGCACAAUACAGCGUUUGAAUGCCAGCAGUCAGCUUUACAGGCCGGAGAAUUUUGUGGCGGGAACGGAGAGUGCUGGGAAUAAUUUUGCCCGCGGCUAUCACACCGAUGGAGCAGCUAUCCUGGAGCAAGUGCUGGAUAGCACGCGACGGGAGGUGGAAUCGGUGGACUCGCUGCAGGGCUUUCAGCUCCUCCACUCGAUUGGCGGCGGCACGGGCUCCGGUUUGACUUCGCUGAUUAUGGAGGCUCUGGUGGAGCAGUAUCCGGAUAAUUUGCUAUGCAAUUAUGUGACCAUUCCAUCGCCCAAUAUGUCCCAAGUGGUAGUGGAACCCUAUAAUGCCUUGUUGAGCACCCCUGCCCUGGUGAACAACUCGCAUUUGACGUUCUGCUUGGACAACGAGGCCUUGUUUCAGAUCUGCAAUAGGAAUCUGAAGAUUAAGAUGUCCGGCUAUGAGCAUAUUAAUCAUAUUGUGGCCUUGACCAUGUCUGGGAUUACCACCUGCUUGAGAUUCCCAGGUCAACUAAAUGCCGGGCUGCGCAAGAUCUAUGUGAAUAUGGUUCCCUUUCCGAGGUUGCAUUUCCUCAUUCCCGGCUUUGCACCGCUGGUCACCUGCAAGCAGCAGCAGUUCAGCAAGGGCACCGUUUCGGAGCUCGUCCAGCAGAUCUUCUCGAGCAAUAAUCUCCUGUGUGCCAUUGAUUUAAGGCAGGGUAAAUUACUCACAGCUGCUGGAAUUUUCCGUGGCAGAAUGUCGCCGCGGGAGGUGGAUCAACUGAUGACUGGGGUGAGGAACAAGAAUAUCAAUAAUUUCGUCGAUUGGAUACCGAAUAAUAUCAAGACUGCCAUUUGUGAUAUUCCACCGAGGGGUUUGAAAAUGUCGGCCACUUUUAUAGGCAACACGACGGCAAUUCAGUCGCUUUUUCAGCGUCUGCUCGACGGAUCCAUGGCCAUGUUGCGGCGCAAGGCCCAUUUGCAUUGGUACACCGGCGAGGGAAUGGAGGAGCAGGAGUUCCAGGAUGCCCAGCAGGAGCUGCAGGCCAUCAUCGAUGAUUAUCGCAGCAGUGCCGAGGGUGAGGAUUCAGGAGGAGCUGGCCGAAAUGGAACCGCCGAGGAUGACAGCGAUGAGGAUGCCACCGCCGCCGGUCCCAAGUGUCCUUACUGCACCGAUUAA